ACAUGUUAUCGGUGACGUCACUUCCUAGUGUCGCACUGGCAGAGGUGAAAAGAAACAAACAGAUUAAGCGCAAAAUCGAGUCUUAUUUUUAAUUUUUUUAGCGAAAUGCGUAUCGCGUUUAAAUGAGCAGAGCAGAUGAACAUCUACAGAAGAAAACAGCGAACAGAGCAUUAAAGUGAAGUUUAACUGGCGAGUAAAAUCGUUUCUUACUGUAGUCAAUGUGAAUCUCAACAUUUAAUUGAACAGAUUCAACGCAAUGUUGCAUAGUUAAAGAAACGUAACGUUAAUUGCAUUAUAACAAGCAACAAAUCAGAGAGAUCAAGUGUAGUGGCAGUAGUUUCGAGUGUUUUAUUCACAUAUAUCCAUUGUUUUAUUAUAGAUUCGCUAUAAUGACUAUUAGACGAAGUCUCGUUACACUUCAUAUGUAAGCUGUUCAGCUGAGCUGGGUGUUUUUUUUUAAUGGGAGGCAGUUUGAGCUGCUCUGAGAUCAGUGGGAGUAUCUUACCCAGAUGGCGGAGGUACCGGCUCUGGCCCGGUUGGAGUCCCUGGCCCGGUAUGUGCACAAAGCAGCGAGUGAAGGAAGAGUCUUGACCCUGGCUGCCCUUCUGCUGAACCACUCGACGGUUCAGACCCGGUUUCUGCUAGAGGAUGUGACCCAGGUCGCGGGUCAGAGGUCAACACCUCUCAUUAUAGCUGCUCGGAAUGGACACGAGAAGGUGGUUCGGCUUCUGUUGGAUCAUUAUAAAGUGGACACAGAACAGACGGGAACUGUCAGGUUUGACGGGUAUAUCAUUGAUGGAGCGACGGCCCUGUGGUGCGCAGCUGGCGCGGGACAUUUUGAGGUGGUGCGCCUGCUCGUCUCGCACGGUGCCAACGUAAAUCACACCACGCUAACAAACUCCACCCCGCUUAGGGCAGCGUGCUUCGACGGCCGACUGGACAUCGUACGAUACCUCGUCGAGCACGACGCAGACUUUAGCAUCGCCAAUAAGUACGACAACACCUGCUUGAUGAUAGCCGCCUACAAGGGCCACACCGACGUCGUUUACUUCCUGCUGGAACGCGGCGCGGAUCCCAACGCCAAAGCUCACUGCGGGGCCACCGCACUGCACUUUGCCGCAGAGGCCGGGCAUCUGGACAUCGUGAGGGAACUGGUUAGGUGUAAGGCGGCGAUGGUGGUGAACGGUCACGGCAUGACGCCUCUGAAGGUCGCGGCGGAGAGCUGCAAGGCGGACGUCGUGGAGCUGUUGCUCUCUCAUACGGACUGCGAUGUACCCAGCCGCAUAGAGGCUUUAGAACUGCUCGGGGCGUCUUUCGCCAACGACCGGGAGAAUUACGACAUUCUUAAGACAUACCACUACCUCUACCUGGCCAUGCUGGAACGCCACCGGGAUCCCGAGAGAGCCGUUGCCAAGGAGCUGCCACCGGCGGCGGAAGCGUACGGGAGGAGGCCUGAGUGCCGGACGCUUCAGGACCUGGAGGUCAUUAGGCACGACCGGGACGCGCUGCACAUGGAGGGCCUGAUGAUCCGGGAAAGGAUUCUGGGUGCGGACAACAUCGACGUUUCGCAUCCCAUAAUAUACCGCGGCGCCGUCUACGCCGACAACAUGGAGUUCGAGCAGUGCAUCAGGCUGUGGUUGCAUGCCCUGCAUCUGCGUCAGCAGGGAAACCGCAGCACGCACAAAGACCUCUUGAGAUUCGCGCAAGUCUUCUCUCAGAUGGUGCAUUUAAAGGAGCCGGUCCGAGCGGUGGACGUGGAGCAGGUACUGCGCGCCAGCGUCCUGGAAAUCCGUCGCAGCAUCGCUCGGAUGCACGGCGCCACCGAUGCCGAGUCCGCUGCCGCCUCUGAGAGUUACGAGUCCAACAUCUUCACCUUCCUCUACCUGGUGUGCAUCGCCACGAAGACGCAGCGCAGCGAAGAGGAAAGCGCUCGCAUCAACAAACAGAUCUACGACUUGAUCCGACUGGACCCGCGCUCCAGAGAGGGUUUGUCGCUUUUGCACCUGGCGGCCAGCUCCAGCACGCCCGUAGACGACUUUCACACCAACGACGUGUGCAGCUUCCCGAACGCACAAGUGACCAAGCUGCUCAUAGACUGCGGCGCACAGGUGAACGCUGUCGACCGUGAAGGCAACAGCCCGCUUCAUCUCAUAGUACAAUACAACCGGCCUAUCAGCGACUUCCUCACGCUGCACUCCAUCAUCAUCAGCCUCGUGGAAGCAGGAGCUCACACUGACAUGACAAACAAACAGAAGAAGACUCCGCUGGAUAAGAGCACGACCGGCGUUUCGGAAAUCCUGCUGAAGACUCAGAUGAAGAUGAGUCUGAAAUGUCUGGCGGCUCGUGCCGUACAGCAACAUCAGAUUUUGUAUCGAGAUCAGAUCCCUAAAAGCCUGGAGGAGUUUGUGGAAUUUCACUGAGCUCUGUAGUUUUCUGUAAAAUGGUGCUGAGAUCUUCUGAAUGACUCCUGACAGGCCGUUUAGGUUUAGGACCUUUAUUGUUUACAGACUCAGCACAGAUCUGCACAUUCAUAAUGUUCUUAAACGUACACCCUGCAUCUUUUUAUAUUAUAGGAACAGACAACUUUGGAGAUAUUGACACUUUUUAGUUUUUUUUAUAAUAGAUCAGAAAGGAUGUUGGUACUGAUGGACAUUGGUUAAAACUCUUUUCUUUUCUCAACUCGACGAGCGUUUUACUGAGUGUGAAUGUUUAAUAGAGAACGGCUCUUUUUCUAAUAAGCUGCUGCUCUUUUGUCAACUUUUUCUUAACAUGUUUUUAUAAAAGGUUUAUUUAAAAGUAAAAGUCUAUUUCUAUUUUAUGAGGACUCAAUAGCUCCUAAAACUCUUCCGUGCCAGACGUUUUAUUUGAAUACUAAAAUGUGCCUGUAAGCCAGAGAUUUAUUAUUAUUGUUUUAAUUAUUGUUAUUAUUAUUAUUUUUAGUGCUUUAUAUUUUUGUUAUAACAUGAAGCCACUGUAAAGCUGUUAGCAGGUCUGUAAUAUUGACCUCAACAAACACAACAUGCUGGAACUCACGGGGCCUUAAACUGUAUUGUGUGUGCGUGCGUGCGUGUGUGUGUGUGUGUGUGUUAGAGCCAGCAUGUCUUCCUGCAUUAGCUGUCUGUGUGCAUUUGAAUGCAUGUUUACAUGUGGUGGAAUCUCAAUGCUGAGACUUUUAACCCUUUGUGAUUAUUUUUUGGUUAUUGGUGAAUGUUUUGUGUCAGUGUUUUUAUUCUCAAACCAAAUCAAUGAAGAUUAAACACAAUAAUUAAAUAUG